AUGUCAACUUUUGGACAAGAAUUUGAUAAAAUAUGGCCAACAACGGAUACACCGCUACAGCUAAGCGAUUUCGGUAAGAAACUUCUAAAACAAUGUGUGGACAUAAAGAAACCGGAACAAAAGGAAGUGGAUAUCAAUGCAUUUAAAUUGAAAUCUUCAAAUUUCCCAUUGGAAUUUGGUACCAAUACCUGCCGCAUUCUGAGUCAACCCAAAGACCGCUAUCCCAAUAUACAAAAGCAAAUUGUCUCAGCGUAUCCCCUAAUCCACGAAAGAGUUCUACAAUUGUAUUUGGAUUUUCUGGAACACAAAUGUCAGUUUGGCAACUCCAUUGAAAAAGAAAUCUAUCAAAAUCUCACCUUAACUGGUCUUGUGCAGCGCCUUUUAAAACAGCGCUGUGCCAGCUUUUUUGGGAAAAAUGAUAAAUUUCUACUGCUAACCUCUGAACGUGGAUGCAGUGGUUUUAUGGAUGUUGGCACCCCAAAUGAAAAGCCUCCAUUGAUUUUAAAGAAUGUCUUGAGCUAUGAUGAAAUCAAGCUUUCUGCCCUAUUGUCUGUUUCCUCGUAUUCGGAAUUAAUAAACAAUGGCUAUCGUCAAAAUUGCGGUGUUAUAGAGAAAAAUAAAUCUCUUAUAGAACGUGAAGGUGUUGUUAUUGGUUUAAUUGGAGCCCGGUUAACACGGAGAGAUGUUAUGGAGUUCCAAGACAUUGUUAUUGCAAAGACACAAAACACCAAAGAAAAUGGUUAUGGCUUUCCAUUAGACGAUGAGGAACCCGAUAGUAGGGCAAAAGGUUAUCGUCAAAUUUGGAAGAAAUUUUACCAAGAACCCGAUUUCCUAUUUACGGAUGUAAAGAAAGACGACAAACGUUUCGCCACUGCUAAAAAUCAAAAUGAUAUUUUCGAUAAUCUGCUGAUGAAGAAACGUUAUACCAUUUCGUUUGACACUUUGUUAUUGGAGAGCAAUGAACGGGCCAAGGCGGCUGGUAAACAGGCCUAUGUCCAUGUUGUGGGCAUUGGUUUGGGUGUGUGGAAGGCUGCCGCACAUCAAGAGCAACUAUUUUUGGAAACAUUUACACAGCGCAUAAAGUAUCUAUUACCGAAACUGGGAAAUAUUGAUGUGCUACAUUUCUCCUGGUUCCAACUCAGUGAAUGGGGUGAAUUGAAAAAUGGCAAAGUGUUUCAAUCGGAAACCCACCCUUCGGGUGGCAUUAAAUGUUUCAUAUCGAAAAGAAAUCCAGCCGAUAAACUGAAUACACCAGAAACGGAAAAUAUGCUAUUGAUAAUAUCCUAUGCCUGGGAUGGUAAUGCAAUACCGGGUAAUGAAUUUUGGAUGAAAAUGUUAAAAUCGACUGGUGAUUCUUCUACGGCCUGUAGUACUCUAAUAGCGGAGCUCCACAAUCCCCACAUCAAUUCAGAAUGGGUGAAUGGUGAUAAUUUGCAUAUAGCCAGCGAGGAAUAUGGUAUCAUACACAUUGCAGAUUAUGUUAAAAAGAAAAUGCUUGACUAA